GACGCGAUACAGUGCAAUAUCGAAAUAAGACGAUAUCAUCUACUGACUAGUAAAUAGAGUCAGUUCAGCCAUACCUUCAAUAUUGGAUUAAGUGGAUGCUAGUUGGAUUAAAAUUUGUGUUGACAUUCUAGCUACGACGGUGGUGUGGAUUAUCUAAUGAAUAAGUCAAAUAAUGAAAUUGCAGAAGACCGCUGAUUUGAUUCUGAUGAAAAAAAAAACUGGCGCCUUGAUUCUUAGCCUAAGCCUUUGUAUAUAACCUUCAAUAAGAUUUUUUGGAAGUGGUUCAAGAAGUUUCUCAAACAGCUCUUGUGGUCUGGUUAAUGAAAUCUCACGUAUUUACAAGUUUUACAUUACUUUCAUGAAAAUUCAUUUCAUAAAAAAAGAGCAACACAUGUUUCAUUACUCGGCACAAAUAAAAUUCGUUCGUGCGCUCAGCUCUCGUAUCUCGAUUGAGUGCUAAUUAAAUUACAAAAACUAUAGGUAAACUAACUUUAUUCGGUGACUCGAGACCCUCCUGGUUUUACACAAACUGGAACGGUUUAAUAAAGUUAGAGAUAUGCAUUGAACUGUUUUGAAUUGUUGUAGCUAACGAAGAAAAUAAUUUUAAUGAGAAGCUCUCUGAAUUUAUUUUUCUUCAAUGGGUACAAUUUUCCUGUCUAGACGUUAAACAUGAAACCUUAAUUAUUUCAUGGUUCCAUCGGCAUAAAUCAGCAUGAAAAUUAUUUACGUAAACACUUUUCGAUCCACAUCAAAACGCAAGCUAAACAACGUGACUGAACCAUAGUUUUACUAUAGCAACCGAAACAUCUUAUCAAAGGCGAGUUGCACCAUCCAUCAAUUAAUUGCGAAUAUUAGUUAAUUAAUGGCUCAUAGUUACUAUCAGCAAGAAAAAGUGAAGAAAAACAGCAACUUGUUUCGUAAUUAAGAGUUUUCACACUGAAAUUAGUGAUUGACUUUGUGUUUUACGCAGUGGUGAUGCAGUGGAAUCCUUGCAUUGAUAUUCGUUGGAUAAAGAUCAUUAGGGGUACUGGGGGUAAGCCCGGCCCCCUAAAGAAAAUGAUUCUUUAGUAGCACUUGAUGGCGAAUAUUGUUAUAUUUCUUUCACAGGAUCAUUGCCCAGAUUGUUUUCUACAUGAUAUGAAGGUUUUUAGUACUUUCAAACUGUUAUUUUACAAGGAAUAGUGAAGUUUUGAAACUAAGAUAAAAAUGACGUUAAGCAUUCAGUGCGGGUGAAACCGGCACCCCUUGGGGGUAACACCGGCCCCUAAGUUUGUUAAUGAAUUAACUCGAACUAACUGAACCAAUUUGAAUUAGGAAACCGUCGAAUGAGAGAUAUUACAUUCCUGUAUGUUAAUGUUGAAUUUGGUUGCUGUCGGUUAGCUGGUUCUGAGCAGAUUGCCGGAACAAGUUCCGUUGAACAUUAUGUAUAAACAAUGAAAGAAUUUGAUACUCGGCAAGCCUAUCAUGUGGCACUUUAAAUCAUAUUAUAAACUGAUUUCAUUGAAGCCAGAAUCACAUUGACCACACCGGAGCAUAAUUCAAAUACCACCGGGAAAGCCGUCAGUUUUGAGACUUGAUUCAGUACAUUUGACACCUCCAAUAACCCUUGGAAUCAUUCAGAAAUCACAGAUGAGCUUUAGUGCAUGGUUCUAAGUCGAUUAUUUAAUUUAUUUAUCAGCGAGACACAAUAGAUGAGAAAUAUGUGUCAGUAACAUCCAACUAGCCUCAGACCAUGUCGGGCUUACCCCACUCACUGGGUGACGGUGUUACCCCGACACGCACAUUUUUUUUUAAAAGAGUAUUUCUACAAAUUUAUCGCUCCAAUUUACCUCAGAUCGAAUUCCUGUGAUUGCUAACAAUACAGGCAAUAAAUUGUAGAGAAACGAAAAAUUAUUUUAGUCUUUUCAAAUGAAUAAAAGCUUAAGUUCCACUCACGAAAAAUUACAUCCUUUUAUGCAUCAGGUGCAGUAGCGUAUGUUUUGUUUAUUAUUUUGACGUUUGACGUUUCACGGUGGCUUCGAUGCAUCUUAAAAUGUCUAAAACAUUAAAAACCAACACUCCACAUAUUCCAAAACACAGUUAAUUAGCGUUUUCUAGUAAAAUCCUAGGGGUGACGGUCUUACCCUCAGUGCCGGGCUUUCCCCUAGUACCCCUACCAACAUUUCACAUUCAAAUGAGAGAUGCAACAAGUGCAAACUGAGUUUAAAAUUGGAGGAGUAGUGGGAAUUCACUAUAGAAUUGGAGUAAAACAUACAUAAAUCAACCCCAUGCUCUUCGUUGCGAUGUACAAGCAAAAAUCAUUCAAACAAAUGAUGCCUAAUUGCCCACGCUGGAAUGGCCUCGCAUUAACAGCCCCGUUGAAGAUACCAGAGAAUUGGAGCCGAGUUUUGCGGUUACAAGGCAGCACCCGACUGAAUCCUGAGCUCGUGUUGCAGGCUGCAGAGUCCGGCAAUCUAGACGAGUUUAUACGACUGUACGAAGGUGAUAACGGUCGAUUGGUGGUAAAGGAUAGCAAGGGACGCACGGCAGCGCAUCAAGCUGCAGCUAGGAAUCGAAUAAACAUACUGCAAUUUAUUCACGAGCACGGUGGAGACCUCAAUGCUCAGGAUAUUUUCGGAAACACUCCGCUGCAUGUUGCCGUCGAGAAUGAUUCACUGGAUGCUUUGGAAUUUUUAUUGAGAAUACCAGUGGCAACCAACAUAUUGAACGAAAAGAAGCUUGCCCCGGUGCAUUUGGCUACCGAAUUGAAUAAGGUCAAAGAUUUGCUAGUGAUGGGAAAAUAUCGGGACGUCAUCGAUAUCCAGCAGGGCGGUGAACAUGGCCGUACGGCAUUGCAUUUAGCCGCCAUAUAUGAUAAUGAGGAAUGCGCACGAAUUUUGAUUUCCGAAUUUGGGGCCUGUCCACGGAGACCCUGUAACAACGGUUACUAUCCGAUUCACGAGGCAGCCAAGAAUGCCAGUUCCAAGACGAUGGAGGUGUUCUUUCAGUGGGGAGAGUCAAAGGGUUGCACACGCGAGGAGAUGAUUUCCUUCUACGACUCCGAAGGCAACGUCCCACUCCAUUCCGCCGUUCACGGCGGAGACAUCAAAGCUGUCGAGCUGUGCCUGAAAUCGGGAGCGAAAAUAUCCACCCAACAGCACGAUCUUUCCACUCCAGUGCAUCUAGCAGCGGCGCAGGGCGCCAUUGAAAUAGUGAAGCUCAUGUUUCUGAUGCAGCCGCAAGAGAAACGUAUCAGUCUUUGCUGUACCGACAUUCAAAAGAUGACUCCUUUGCACUGUGCGGCAAUGUUUGACCAUCCGGAAAUUGUCGAAUAUUUGAUCCAUGAAGGAGCAGAUAUAAAUGCUCUGGACAAAGAAAACCGAUCUCCUUUGCUGUUGUCAGCAUCCAGGGCAGGCUGGCGGACAGUAACGAUUCUCAUACGGUUAGGGGCGAACAUAAGUCUCAAAGAUAUUAAUUCUCGGAACGUACUGCAUCUAGUCAUCAUCAACGGCGGCCGGUUAGAUGAUUUUGCUAAUGAAGUUUCUUGCAAACAAUCUGAAACCCAUCUGCUCCAGUUAUUGAACGAAAAGGAUAAAACUGGAUGCUCUCCGCUGCACUACGCGAGUAGAGAAGGCCAUAUUCGAUCCUUAGAAAAUCUUAUUAAACUGGGUGCCUGCAUCAAUUUGAAGAACAACAACAACGAAAGUCCGCUGCACUUUGCCGCUAGAUAUGGCCGAUACAAUACUGUAAGACAACUGUUAGACUCCGAAAAGGGAACAUUCAUCAUCAACGAAAGCGACGGGGAAGGGCUAACUCCUUUACAUAUUGCUUCCAAAGAAGGUCAUACGAGGGUAGUUCAGCUGUUGUUAAAUCGAGGAGCCCUUCUGCAUCGGGAUCACAAUGGACGAAAUCCGCUGCAUUUAGCGGCGAUGUCCGGCUACACACAAACCCUCGAACUAUUACAUUCAGUGCAUUCACAUCUCCUAGAUCAAGUAGAUAAAGAUGGGAACACCGCUCUACACUUAGCCACAAUGGAGAACAAACCUAACGCUGUUGUUCUUCUGCUCACCCUAGGAUGUAAACUUUUGCAUAAUUUUAUGGACAUGAGUGCAAUAGAUUACGCCAUCUAUUACAAAUAUCCCGAAACGGCCUUGGCGAUGGCUACUCACGAGGAACGUGCUGCCGAGGUUAUGGCCCUAAAGUCAGCCAAACAUCCGUGCGUAACUUUGGCACUAAUCGCUUCAAUGCCACGAGUGUUCGAAGCUGUCCAGGAUAAUUGCAUCACGAAAGCGAACUGCAAGAAAGAUUCCAAAAGUUUUUAUAUCAAAUAUUCCUUUCAUAUUUACCAAAAAUCCCAGGAGCAAGUGGAAAAAAUGCGGCAAGCUCUGAACGAUCCUGAAUGGCGCCAGCCACCGUUGCAUGUAGUAAAUGCGAUGGUAACCCACGGUCGUGUCGAAUUGCUUGCACAUCCGUUGAGCCAGAAAUACUUGCAAAUGAAGUGGAACUCGUACGGCAAAUACUUUCAUCUUGCGAAUCUCUUAUUCUACUGUGUAUUCCUGUUUUUCGUAACGCUGUUUGCUUGGCAACUAAUGCGGAGCAAUGGAGCAGUCCCGACUAAUGAGAGCACAACUGAAACAACAACCAACUCGAUCGCGGCAGGGUUCGAAUCACCCGUUUUGGCGGCACUUGCGUCUCGGCCAAGACCGCUAAAUGUCGUUCCAAAUUACACCCAGAAUAAUACACAAAUCACCAUCGAAGAAGAAAUGGUUAUCUCAACUAUUAACAUGGUGUCCGGAGUGGCAAUAAUCGUGUACAUCUUCUGCAAUUCCAUCCGGGAAGUAAUCCAGGUGUACCAGCAAAAGUGGCACUAUCUCAUCGAACCUAUCAAUCUGAUCUCGUGGAUUCUGUACUUUUCCGCUGUCGUCACGGUGUGGCCGAUUUUCACUGACGGCCGCUGCUACAGUGCCAACUAUUCUGCGGCUUCAGUGACAGUGUUUUUAUCGUGGUUCAAUUUGCUGCUGUUUCUGCAACGAUUCGAUCAGAUUGGCAUCUAUGUAGUAAUGUUUUUGGAAAUUCUACAGACGCUCAUCAAAGUGCUGGCUGUAUUUUCGAUACUGAUCAUCGCAUUUGGGCUCGCAUUUUUCAUUCUACUAUCAAAGGCCACAACGAUCAUCAACCCACAGGCAAACCAUUUGUCGUUCUCGACCAUUCCGAUGUCUUUGGUUCGGACCUUCUCGAUGAUGCUGGGCGAAAUAGAUUUUAUUGGAACGUACGUGCAGCCCUUCUAUAACUCGGAACUACCGUUUCCUAUUCCCUCUUUCGUAAUUCUCUCUCUCUUCAUGAUACUGAUGCCAAUUUUGCUGAUGAAUCUGUUGAUCGGUUUGGCGGUCGGUGAUAUCGAGUCGGUUCGCAGGAAUGCCCAGCUGAAGAGAUUGGCCAUGCAGGUCGUGCUGCAUAGCGAACUGGAACGAAAGCUGCCUCGUAUGUGGCUUGAAAUGGUUGACAAAAUGGAACUGAUAGAAUAUCCGAACGAGAAAAAGUGCAAGUUGGGAUUUCUAGAUUCAAUUCUAAGAAAAUGGUUCUGCAAUCCGUUCACCGACGAUGGCAAAGGUGGUAUUGAUUUCGUGCUGGACAACUCUGAGGAUUAUAUGGUGACAGAAUUGGAAAAGCAUAAACGAAAACUACGUGAAAUCAGCAGUGCUUUGGACGUUCAGCAUCAACUGCUCCGACUGAUAGUACAGAAAAUGGAAAUUAAAACCGAAGCGGAUGAUAUGGACGAAGGUGUAACCACGAACGAUCUUCGAAGUCUGGCUGCACUCGGUAGCAACCGAGGUGGGACGUUGCGUUGGUCUUCACCAAGGAUUCGGAAAAAACUGCAUGCUGCGUUAAGUUUCAAUAAAUCUAUUGGAAAAUAGAGCUGCAGUACAAGCGAGCGUGCAACGAAAUGAAAUUUUUAAGAUAGUUUAUAUUGAGGUACCGAUCAGUCGUUUUCAUUCGAAACAGCCUAUCCAAUACCAAAAAUAUGCAAAAAAAAUUUACACCUAUUGAGACUCCCUAGUUGUAUCUCACCCACUGAUCAAAUAAUUUAUUCUUAGUGAUACUUUAGAAGGAGCAGUAAUUAGAUGACAAUUUGAGAAGAAGUUAGUGAGGCAAAAAAAUGAAUUUUAUGUUGUGUGUUUCCUUAAAAAUCUCAUUGUGCACUAUUUCUGUGAGUUACAUACGAUGUCUUUUCUGAUAAAUCAAAUUGUGUGAAAUAAAUGUGCUUAAUACCUAGUUAAGUUUUCAACAAACGCAAACAUUCGUAAACAAGAAUUUACUAACUUCUUUCAAUAUAGAAUGAAUCCACUUAUGUAGUAAGAAUUUUUACACAUAUACAUA